UAUAUAAAUUAAUAAAUUUGAAAAAAAAUUCUGAAUCUUACUCUUGGUUUUUGUUUCUUUUAAAUUUUUAUAUGUAAAAAAAAAAUUUUUUUUUUCUGCACUUGCAUAUAGUUACCAUUUAUAGAUGGCGCUAAACUAGCUUUCAAUAAAAGUUGAGUAGUUUGCGUAUAGAUGCAGCCACGCAUUGCUGUACGUUUAAUUGUAUAUGUUUUUUGAUUUGCGUAUUUACAAAAACAAAAAAAAAUAUAUGAAAUCAAUCAUUGUUUCAUACCUUUAGAAUAUUUUUAUUAUCACAUUAUGUUUCUUAAUUUUUUUUACAUUUUACAUGGGUGUAAAACUACGAAACCCGUACAUACGUAUAUGGAAUGAGUAUCAAUUUGAAAAUUGGCGCGUCCAUUACGACGCGCACUCUAUCAAAUGUUUGAAUUAAAAUUGCGCGCGUUUGUAAACUCAAGAAAAUAUUUUUUUACUUUGUCGUGUAAAACGCUUAUUUAUUUACAAAACUGUUGAAUUAAUACGUAUAAUAUAUUUAAUCGGUAAAUAAAUUUAUUAUAAAUAUAAAAUUAUUAAUCCGUACAAUUUAUGGACAUUGAACGAAUAAUCUUUAGAUUACAAUAUGUUUAAAUUAUUAUUUGAACAAAUUAAUUGAAUGAGGUUAUGAAAGAAUAUUUCAUAUAUUAUUCGUAACGCGUUUCAAAUUGUUAACAUAGUAUAUAUUUAUUGGGUGAAUAUUAAAAUAAUUAAAUCUCGAAAUAAAUUCAAAAUUUAUUGUGUUUCAUGUGAUUUUUUUUUUCUGAUUUCGAUAUCUACAUAAUAGAAUUUCUUUUCUACGAAGGCAAUAUCGUAACGAGGACGGAAUAAGGUUUUUCAAAUUUUUUCUUUUAAUUAUAAUAUUCUUUUUUUUUUCCAAAGAUCAACGAUAUAUUAUUUUAUCGUGCUAUAAAAUAUGACCAAGUAGAAGUUAAUUCUAUUGAUAAAAUUUUUAUUGUUAAAAGUAUAUUUAUUUUCGACGAUUCAAUAUUUUGUAAUUUUAUUUUUCACCUUAAUAACAAAUUUGUUCAAAUAUUCAGUAAUCUUCUAUUUGGAACGAGCAAUAUUUAUAUCUUAUUAUAAAAUACAUGACGAUAUUAAUUUAUUAUUAAAUUUUCGUGAUUUUUCGAUUUGGCUAUAUUUUGAUACGAAUCAAGAUGACCAAUGGCCAACAUUAUAUAUUGUUCUAAAAUAAAACGAAGACGAAAUUAAUUUAUUACUAAAUUGUCAAUAUUUUUCGAUUUAGUUAUAUUUUGGUACGGAAACAAUAUUAUCAAUGGCCAACGUUAUACAUAUAUCGUUCUAAAAUAAAACGAGGACAAAAUUAAUUUAUUAUUAAAUUUCCAAUAAUUUUCGAUUCGGCCAUAUUUUAUAUAUACGAAUAAACAUUAAUAAUGGCCGACAUUUUUGUAUCCCAUGUUUUAAAAUAGAACGUAAAAGACUAAAUUAAUAUAUCAUUAUAAAUUCAUUGACAUUUCGCGAUUAUCAUUAUUUUUCAAUAUAUUAACGAAUCGUUCUUAUAUAAAUCGUCGAACAUUAAAUUUCCAAUUUGAAGAUUCUUUUAUCGAAAACGAAAUUAAUAUAGAAAUUAAAAUUAUUUAUUUUUAUCACGUGAUAAGUAAUAUCAUUCGAUUCAUAAUUAAAUAUCAUUGGGCACAUUAAAAGGCUUAAUUUAAAAAUAAGAAAUUAUUAAUUUCUUAAAUAUAUUUCCUUUACUUUUUAUCAGUCGUUCAAAAAAUAAAAAAAAAAAGAAAAAAAAGAAAAAAGAAAAAAAAAAAGAGAGAAAGAAACGGGAUCGUGUUAGAUGGGUUGCGAUGUUGAUGAAGGUGAUGGAGAGUUGUGGCGGAGGUGAUUGUGGUAGUAAUGGUGGUAGCAGUGGAGGAGGAUAAGAAAGAAAUGCGAGAUGAUCUUGAUCCUCGAUUUAACGUACAACGGUUCCCCCUCGGGAGGUCUCUUGGCACGAUGUAUGUCGUCGCGCGGUAUAUACCGCGUGUGUGCCUAAUGGUGGAAGGAAACGUUAUCCAGAGGCGGGCAACGGACGGGCAACACACUACUAGUCCGGUGUACCCUGGUAGGGCCGAGAGAAGUCAGCCUCCGGAAUACGAACUCGGACUCAGUCUUCGAACUGGUCUCGUAGCACGCUGUGUGCGGUGUGCCCGUGUGUCAUAUACAGCCCCGAGAAUAUUAGAAGAAAGAAGGUAAAGAGAUUUAAAAGGGAUCGAUCGAAGGAAGGAAGGAAGGAAGAAGGAAGGAAGGAAGGAAGAAGAAGAAGAAGAAGAAGAAGAAGAAGAAGGAAAAGAAAGAAACAAAGAGAAAAACGGGACAUGAAGUUGAAGGAAGGUUGAACGUUUCAUCGUUAUUAUUCAUCGGAUAUUAUUCCCAUCGUUGAAGGGAUUUAUAAUUCUCGAUUAGAAAAUGAUGACUAUACUCUUCCUAGGAUUAUACCUCUCCGUCUGUCUAUCAGAUGUGUUAGGAAAUUGUCCUUUGGUACAACCACCGCAAUGGGGUGCGGUAAGAGAGAGAGUCCUCGAAGAUGGUACUUUACAGACCGUAUAUUCCUGUGAGAUAGGGCGUAGACUAAAAGGACACAAGGUAGCCACUUGCACAGCGAACGGUUGGGAUCAUCCUGUACCCAAGUGUGUACUUCUAGAGAACAAGUUGCAACACUUUCGUAACGAUCUAUAUAUGGGUGAUGAGCCAAGUAGAAAUUUGAGAAGCGAUACGACGAGGAAGCAACGGGUUCAAGCACGGAAGAGACUCGGCGAGUUGAAGAGACGUAGGAAAACGAAGGAUAAGAGGAAGCAAAUGCCGGAGAAGUCUCUAUCGGGAGUAAAGCCGUCGUUGGUGUCGGAUGUCGGUGGCUUGAACGAAACUUUGAUGUCGAGAUUGGAUCUAAGUUGUCUCAUGAAGGCACGCAGAAAGGGCCUUAUCAAAGCACCCACGGUCGUUAAUGCAUAUUCUCCGAGAUACGCUAGGAGAAAGAACGCUUUACCGCCUUUCAAUCGAUACUUGGUGGCAGUUUAUGUUUGCCUCGAGGAGUUCGUUCUCGAGGACUCGAUGGUGGAUCGACUUUUUUGCAGUGAAGCAACUUGGCUCGGUCUUGUACCGAAAUGCGUGAAGAAAGGAGAAACGAUAAUCGAUAACGUGCGACGUUGCGAUCAGGAGAGGGGUGGCUGUGAACAUGUGUGCGAGGAUACGCCGAUUGGUGCAAAGUGUUCCUGUUUCGAUGGCUUUCGAAUCAAUGGUACCGCCUGUAUAGACAUAGACGAAUGUUCAGAGGACACUGCCAAGUGUUCAGAUUUUUGUCUGAACGAUCCUGGCUCUUACCACUGUGAAUGUCAUUCUGGCUUUCAGUUGACAGCCGAUGGACAUACUUGUCAAGAUGUUAACGAGUGUCUGCCGAACAACGGACAUGGCCCUUGUCAAGGUACCUGUCGUAAUCUCGAAGGCGGAUACGAGUGUAGCUGUACGGAUAUCCUUGGAUUUAAAUUGGCGUCGGACAACCAUACCUGUGAGGACAUCGACGAGUGCGCGAAUAACAACGCCGGUUGUUCUCACGUAUGCCUUAACACACCAGGAAGUGUCUUUUGCCUUUGCCCAGAUGGUUUUUACUUGACCAACGAUUGGAAGACUUGUCAAGACGUGAACGAGUGCGAAAAUGUAUCCACGAUUUGUCCAGCUGAUACCAAUUGUGAAAAUACAUUAGGAUCUUACAGGUGUAUAAAUAUACCGAAAAAAAUGACGAAGGUAUUGCAGGAGGAAGAUUAUGAUACUGAGGUCGACGACGACGACGACGACGACGACGACGACGACGACGACGAGGACGAAGAUGAGGAGGACGAUUAUAACGAGAGUUUAACCGAAUUACCGGAUAUAGGUAAAUGCGAGGAUGGUUUUAAAAAGGAUGAAAAUGGGAAUUGCAUUGAUAUCGACGAGUGUGCGGAAGUUGACGAGAUUGAAACGCACGGUUGCGAGCACGAAUGUAGAAACGAGGAAGGUAGUUAUCAUUGUGUAUGCCGUUCCGGUUAUCAACUCGAAGAAGACGAGGUUUCUUGCAAGGACAUCGACGAGUGUACGAUAUCACCGUUACCCUGUUCCCAUAGUUGUACCAAUAUCGAGGGUUCCUUUAUAUGUGGUUGUCCUUUGGGACAGGUAUUGAACGAAGACAAUAUAACAUGUAUGGAAGAGAGAACCUGUUCGUCCAUGAAUCCAGCAUGCUCUCAGGAUUGUCAAUAUAUAGAGAACGAAGGUCCACGGUGUAGUUGUUUUCCUGGAUAUCGUCUUUUGGAAGAUAAAAUAACUUGUAUCGAUAUAGACGAAUGUACGUAUACAAUGUGCUCGCAUUCUUGCGUUAAUUUAGAGGGAAGUUUCGUAUGUGAAUGUCCGAUUGGUUAUAUUUUACAUGAAAAUGAGAAAUUCAAUUGCACGGACAUUGACGAGUGUAAAGAGUCAGAUCAUGGAUGUGAACACCUGUGCAUUAAUAUACACGGAAGUUACGAGUGCGUUUGUCAGGAUGGUUUUUAUCUUGGGGACGAUCGAAAAAGUUGCAUCGAUUUGGACGAGUGCAAGACAGAACGUCAUCGUUGUUCGCACAAUUGUACGAACGUUUCAGGUGGUUAUCUCUGUACGUGUCCUAUCGGUUACGAGCUAGUGACAGAAUUCGAUUGCAAUGACAUUGACGAGUGUUCAAAAGGUAUCCAUGAUUGUUCUCACGAUUGUAUUAACUUGGAAAAUGGUUACAAGUGUUUAUGUCCUAAUGGUUAUAAAAUCGAUAAAGAUGGAAGAGAGUGUCGCGACGUUGACGAGUGUUUAGAAAAUCUCGACGAUUGUUCUCACGAUUGUAAAAACACCAUGGGCUCUUACGAGUGUGCUUGUCCCCAAGGAAUGUUUUUCAACUCGAGCAAAACUCAAUGCGUCUUAAUGGAUAUCUGCGAUAACGCCGGUUGUUCUCAAUCUUGUGAAGUAGACGCCGACACUUAUAGAUGCAUAUGUCACGAGGGUUACGUAUUACAAGAGGAUGGAAAAACGUGUUUGGAUAUGGACGAGUGCCUUGAGGACGAGCACGAUUGCUCACACGAGUGCGUCAAUACUCAUGGUAGUUAUGUAUGUACUUGUCCACCUGGUUUAAAUCUACUCGAAGAUGGUUUAACGUGUAAAGAUGAGAAAUGUGAGAAUGGAUUUCGAAGGGAUCAAAAUAAUAAUAUCUGUCAGGAUAUAAACGAGUGCGAGGAAGAGGAUCACGAUUGUUCUCACUUUUGUAUCAACGAGUAUGGUUCCUAUCUAUGUUCCUGUCCAACUGGUUGGAUUUUAGAGGAGGAUCGUAUAACUUGUUUCGAAUCAAAUCCAUGCUCGAACGUUACCUGUUCUCACAUAUGCUCGCCGGAUCUAGACGGGUUCACUUUCAAAUGCGAAUGUCCUCUUGGUUAUAAAAUCGACGAAAGUGGUACCAUAUGCGAGGACAUGGACGAGUGUACGGACAACAAUAGAAAUAACUGUAGUCAUAUUUGUAAGAACGUCGAUGGUUCUUACGAGUGCCAUUGUCCAAAAGGAUAUCAACUCGACCAGGACAAUAGUACUUGUAUAGACGUUAACGAAUGCGAGAAUGGCGAGCACGAUUGCGAAAAUCUUUGUAUAAAUCUCGAGGGAAAAUAUAAUUGCGCUUGUCCAAUGGGUUAUUUUUAUUCGGAGGAAGAACGUGUAUGCGUCGACAUAGACGAGUGUCGGAAUAACGAGUUCAAACACAAUUGCUCUCACGAAUGCGUAAACACGAUUGGUACGUACAACUGUACCUGUCCUAUCGGUUGGAAACUCGAUGAAAACGAACGUACGUGUAGGAUCGUUGACCCCUGCGCCAGUGAUCAUGGCUGUUCUCACACGUGCGAACACGAAGAGAAUGGAGAGAUUCGAUGUGGUUGCCCCGAAGGAUUCGAUCUUUUGGAGAAUGGUAAAAUCUGUAGAGACAUAGACGAGUGUAUUGAAGGAUCACACGCAUGUUCGAAUAUUUGCCAAAACAUCGAAGGCGCUUAUUACUGCGAGUGCCCAACGGGAUACAAAUUAUCGACCGACGAAAGAACAUGUAUCGACAUCGACGAAUGUUUCCUAGAAAGUAAUACACUGUGCUCGCAACAUUGUAACAACACCGAAGGUAGUUUCAUUUGUAGCUGUCUCGAUGGAUACGAAUUAACCGAGGAUCAACGAACCUGUAAGGAUAUAGACGAAUGCUCGACGAAUCUUCACGAUUGUUCUCACGAGUGCGAGAAUCUCGAUGGCAGUUAUAUAUGUUAUUGUCCCGAAGAUUUCACCUUGGACAAGGAUAAAAAAACUUGUACGGAUUUGGACGAGUGCGCCGGUAGACACAACUGUAGUCAUAUUUGCGUAAACAUUCGUAAUGGAUAUACGUGCGAGUGUCCUAACGAUUUCACGUUGGAACCGGACGGUUGGACCUGUAAAAAGAUCGACCACUGUGAGAUUCAUCACGGUUGUUCGCACGAGUGUAUCAGCGAAUCAUACGGUUUCAAGUGUGCGUGUCACCUCGGAUACAAAUUGUCGUUGGACAAUAAAACUUGCGUCGACGUAAACGAAUGUUCGGAAACGAAUAACGAGAUAAGCGAGCCUUGCUCUCACGAUUGCGUCAAUACGAUCGGUAGUUUCGAAUGUAGUUGUCCUAAGGGAUAUCAAAUUGGAAGAGAUAAGAGAACCUGCGAGGAUACGAACGAGUGCGUCGAAGAAAACGGUGGGUGUUCUCAUUUUUGCGCUAAUACCGAUGGUGACUACGAGUGUGCCUGUCCCGACAAUUACAAAUUACUCGAGGACGAUAGAAAAACGUGCGUGGAGAUCGACGAGUGUUUGAUCGAUAACGGUGGAUGUUCGCAUUUUUGUCAAUACGAGAACGGUAAUGUGUCCUGUUCUUGUCCAGAAGAUAUGAUUCUGGAUGACGUGGAUAUGAAAUUUUGCACGCACCAGGACAAAUGUCUCAUUGAGAAUGGCGGUUGUUCCGACAUUUGUUACUCGUUAAACGGUACAGUAACGUGCGACUGUACCACAGGAUUUCGUUUGUCCAUGAACGACAAUGUAACCUGUUUUGACAUAGACGAGUGUUCAGAAUUUAAAGACAAUUGUACUCAAAGGUGUACGAACGUCUUAGGUACAUUCACUUGCGAAUGUUACGAGGGUUAUCGCCUGAAUCCUGACGAAUUAACUUUCUGCGACGACAUAGACGAGUGUCAAGAAAAAAAUGGUAACUGUUCUCAUUCCUGUUUCAACGUCGUUGGUUCAUAUAGAUGUGGUUGUCCAACUGGUUACGAUCUUGAUUCGGAUAAUAGGACGUGCAUUUUGAUCGAUGGUUGUAAACGCGACAAUGGAAAUUGUUCUCAUCAUUGUCACCAUGACGAGAGUACCGGCAAGACUCGUUGUUCUUGCCCAUUGGGAUUCAGAUUGAAACACGAUCAUCGUACUUGCGAGGACAUCGAUGAAUGCGAGGAAUUCGAGAACGACGUGGACUCUGGCUGUUCUCAUUCGUGCGUUAACACCGAGGGGGGAUAUCAUUGUGAGUGCCCAACCGGAUAUAUUCUCAUGCCGCAGGACAAGAAGAGUUGCGUCGACGUAAAUGAGUGCCUUACAAGCGAACACAAUUGCACACAUGACUGUUUGAAUCUACUUGGUAGUUACAUAUGUACUUGUUACGAGGGACAUUAUCUACAUAGCGACAGAUCCUCUUGUUUGGACAUCAACGAGUGUCUCGAAGGAAACGGUGGUUGUUCACAUAUAUGCACAAAUACGAUCGGAGGUCAUUUCUGUAGUUGUCCCGAGGGUUACGAGCUUGGUCAAGAUGAAAAGAAUUGCUUGGAUAUUGACGAAUGCGAGAAGAAAAUAGCUGAUUGUCCGAACAAUUGUAUCAAUACUCCGGGCUCGUUCGAAUGUCAAUGCCCGAAUGGUCAUAUUCUUUCUAACGAUUCUCGAAGUUGCAUAGACAUCGACGAAUGUCAAAUAGAAAAUGGCGGCUGUACUCAUGCCUGUUUCAAUAUCAUUGGUGGCGUUCGUUGUAGUUGUCCAGUUGGUCUUCGGCUUGAUAACGAUGGGAAAACGUGUCUUGAUAUAGACGAAUGUGCCACUGAGAAUGGCGGUUGUUCGGACGUUUGCAUUAAUCUCGAAGGUACAUUCUCUUGUCGUUGUCCGGACGGUCAUCAACUCGAUGACAUUGACUUUAAAAAUUGUAUCGAUGUAAACGAGUGCGAAAUAGAAAAUGGUUCUUGUAUGGACAUCUGUUUAAACACUAAGGGUAGCUACAGGUGUGAUUGUUCUAAUGGUUAUCGAUUGGCUGACGAUGCUAAAACUUGCGUAGACGUGAACGAAUGCGAAGUGGAUAACGGUGGAUGUUCUCACGCUUGCAUCAAUAGACCGGGCUCUUUCCGUUGCGAUUGUCCCAGAGGAUACGAGAUCAAGAAUAAGACCUGCUAUCAUUCAAACCCUUGCAUGAUCGAUAAUGGUGGUUGCGAGCAGAUAUGCAAUGCCGAAGGCGGUAUGGUGAUAUGCACUUGCAAGGAGGGAUUUCAGUAUGACAAGUCCAACAGCUCGAUGUGUCACGAUGUGGAUGAAUGCUAUGGUCGGCAUGGGUGCGAGCAUACUUGCAUUAAUACUGUUGGAUCUUACAAGUGUGGAUGCUGGGAAGGAUAUCAAAUGCUGAACUCUACUUGUAUAGAUAUCGACGAAUGUGCAUCAGGAAUUUGCAAGAUGAAUCGAUGCGUCAACACCUUGGGCAGUUAUCGUUGCGAAUGCGACGAAGGUUAUCGAUCGGAGGGUGACACUUGUGUAGAUAUCGACGAAUGCGCUGAGGAUUCACCGUGCAGAGAGAGAUGCGUCAAUACUCCUGGCUCGUAUCAUUGUACCUGUACCCCAGGAUUUCGAUUACAAGGAAGCGAAUGCGUAGAUAUAAACGAAUGCGAAUGGCGUAACGGUAGAUGCGAACAGGAAUGCAUUAAUACUGUGGGAUCCUUCCUGUGCAAUUGUCGAUCGGGCUACCUGUUCAAUCAUAGGAACAGAAGUCAGUGUCAGGAUGUAAACGAAUGCUUGAACCGGAACGGUGGUUGUAACGGCGAAUGCAUUAACACGCCAGGAAGUUACUACUGUACGUGCAACGGCGAUUUAGUUUUGUCUACGGAUGAGAGAACAUGCGUCUCACCGGAAUCAAAGUGUCCCGCCAUGGAACCACCUUUGCACGCCGAGAUCCGAUGUCCUGGACAUUAUUCCGGUGCGACCGAUUAUCCUCAUGGCGCUAGGUGUCACAUUAGAUGCCGACGUGGAUUUAAAUUGGAGGGACCUCACACGAGAUAUUGCGUUAACGGUGGUCGAUGGAACGGAAAAGAACCAGUGUGCCUUCGUGAAUACUCGCUCGUGGAUUCUCGUUACGAUCUAGACAUGCCAAGGCCGUUUGUGAGAUGCCCACAGGACAUGGACGUGGAGUUACCUGCGAGGCAGAAUACGAUACGCGUUUCCUUCCCUCAGCCAAAGUCUAAUAUGAACUGGUGGAGAUACGUAGAUGCAUCACCCACAUGGGCCAAACAGUUGCAAGCCGAUCUACCAGCAGGUACCACCGUUGUCACAUUCACAGCUUGGUCACCCGUGUCCAAUUAUACGAGCACUUGUAGAAUCGUCAUACGUGUUCGAGACACUGAGAAUCCUAAAGUUUCGACCUGCCCGACAUCCUUUGAAGUGCGCUUAAGUCCAGGCGAGCCAAACCGUUUGAUAUUCUGGCAGGAACCUACGUUCACCGACAACGUCGGAGUCGAGCGAAUUUACAAAACGAGGGAACCAGGACAACUGAUGUAUCCUGGGGUACACAACGUACGCUACAUCGCUUCCGAUGCUGCCGGAAAUCAGGCCGAAUGCCAUUUCUCCGUACACGUUCGAGAAUCCGACCAACGACAGGAUGCCGAGCCAAGAAUCUACCGGAGGAGAAUGUUGAUGUGUCCUGGAAGACCACCCCAACCGAUGCCGACUUCCGCUUAUGGGUGGCAGAUACCAAGCGGUUGCUAUCUAAGGUACACCAGGAUCUUCUCAGGGGCGUAUGCCGUACAGCGUGCUUAUCGGGAACAUCGGCAGAAUGGUUAUCAAGACGCGAGGGCAGCUUAUCACGAGAUCCAUCCCGUACAGAGAAACCAACCACGAGCUCCACCACCUCCACCUCCUCCUCUUUUACCUUCUUCUUCUUCUUCUUCUUCUUCCUCACCUUCAUCUUCUUCUUCAUCUUCUUCUUCUUCUUCUUCUUCACGGAUCUCCUCCUCGAUGGCCUAUCCUAUUGGAGAUUGGGAAAUCAAGGAACGAGAAUGGAUCGAACGGGAGAUGGAAUAAGAGGGAUCCGAGAAGAAGGAUAGCUGCUGCUAGUUCACCCUCAGGCGAUUCAAAUAUAAAGGAAUAUCAUCAUGAAACUGGACGAACGAGUAUUAGGAGUUCGGAGGAGCGUAUACGAAGGGCCGUUGUGAUGCAUUAUCCAGCACCAAUUCCAACAAUCGAUUCAAGUUCCAGUUCGGAUUACGAUUUAGAAUUUAACGUAGAUUCAAAUCGUAGAACAGUAUCAACGCCAAAUCUUUGUUCAAAUAGUAUCGGUGAUCGGGCUAGUCGUUACGAAUUAAACGAGGAUGACUUAGGACAAUGCGAUCAGGACAAAUUUACGGGUACAUU